AUUAUUUUUUUUCAAUCCACUCUAUCAAAUGACUUUGGUUUGAAACACAAGUUAUCCAAACGACCAGUAUUUAAAAUUUGCAAAAGGUAUCUUUCCAAUUGUGAACGUGAAGAGUGUCGUUUAAAUUCUUGGCAUGGCCCGCGUUGAAAGUGCUGCGACUGCGCUUGACAUGCUGACAUAAGGAACACAAUUCAAACGCCACAGUGGCAGUGUGAUCCAUAGCACCCACAAUGACAAAGACGAGAAGCAGCAACAGGCGAAACCCUAGCAAGAAGCACGAUCUCUCCGUUUUCGAUUUUAGCCCUGAUGAUGAGCGCAUUGAGAAACGCUCUAAAAAAUUAAUGUGUACAUUCAAAAUUACAAAACCUAUGAAAUUCGAUUCUCCCGUUGAUAAGUACUGCUUUCUCCGUUGCUUUGCAGGAGAAAAAAGAAAUUUACAAAAUGAUUCGGUGAAUGAAAUCCUUGACAUUGAUGAUAGUGAUGAUGUUGCAGAAAAGAGGAUAUUGGAGUCAGGUCCUACUAUGUCAUCUAGCUCCUCAAAUUUGAAGUCUUCGACGGAUUAUUGGCAGUCAAAAUGUGACACUUCUGGGGCCAAAUCCCAUUAUAAGAGAGCGAAAACACCUGUAUGUUCUGUCACUGAUGGCAAAAAUUUUGCUGGCAGUUUUUUUGCAGAUAAUGAGCUAGUUAUUCUCGAUUCAGAUGAUGCUACCGCAAUCGAAUCAUCCAAGCCAGCUUGUUAUCUGCAAGUGAAUAAGGGUUCAGGAAAGCAACAAGAAUUGAUACAGAGUCCUAAUCAGUGUGAUACGAAAGUUCCAGUUGUUGUCAAACCUGAUCACAUCAUGUAUGAAGAUACGUAUUCUACAAGCUCCGUUUUGACUUUUUCAUGCAGUUCCAUAAAGCUUGAGGGCUUCUUCGGGACGAAGUUACCAUUUACAUCUGAGUGGACACUGUGUGAUAUUCUCACUAUUAACUCUGAGUGGUGCAAAAGUGUUGAAACUGCCCUUGUGGAAUUGCACCUCAAAUCGAAGGAUGCAGAUGCAGCUAAAACUGAUGAUGAAAAUUCAGGUGCUAUGGUGUUAACAUUUGCGUUGUUCGACCCGGGUUGGUCUAAAAUACAGAGAGCAAUUAAGAUGCUGGAUGUGAGAUACAAAGAUAAAUGGAAUGACAUUACAGCAUCUAAUCCCACAAGGAGCUAUAGUCCCUUUUUUGGUCGGAAAAGCUUUUCAGUUCCAGAGCAUCAUCAUCCCAAUUCCGGAGAUAAGUUUGAAGAAAUUAUUUUUCCAGAAGGGGAUCCAGAUGCAGUCUCCAUAAGUAAGAGAGAUGUUGAUCUAUUAAAGCCUAAGACUUUCGUCAAUGAUACCAUCAUUGACUUUUACAUUAUGUAUCUGAAGAACAAAAUGAAUCCGGAGGAGAAAGAGAGGUUCCAUUUCUUCAAUAGCUUUUUCUUUAGAAAGCUUGCUGAUCUGGACAGAGAUCCAUCUAGAGCUUGUGAAGGUAGAGCUGCUUUCCUGCGAGUUCGUAGAUGGACCACAAAAGUAGAUCUUUUUGGAAAAGAUUUCAUUUUUAUUCCAGUCAACUUCAGUCUUCACUGGAGUUUGAUAGUCAUUUGUCACCCUGGCGAGGUUGUUACCUUUGGAGAGGAAGAAAUGGAGAAAUCAUCUAGGGUACCAUGCAUCUUGCACAUGGACUCGAUCAGAGGGAGCCAUAAAGGCCUGAAGAAUCUUAUUCAAAGUUACUUGUUGGAAGAGUGGAAAGAGAGGCACGCGGAAGUGGAAGAGGAUGUUGCAAGGAAGUUCUCAAGGCUUCCGUUUGUCCAUCUUGAGCUGCCACAGCAGGAAAACUCAUAUGAUUGUGGCCUUUUUCUGCUCCAUUAUGUGGAACUUUUUCUGGAGCAGGCUCCAAUCAACUUCAAGCUCUCCCUAAUAAGUGCAUCCUCCAAAUUUCUUUCUGAAAAUUGGUUCUCAACUGAAGAUGUUGAUUGCAAACGGGAACAUAUCAAGAGAUUGGUCUGUGAAAUUACCAAAAAUAGAGCUCAGAAGGUUUCUCCAGCUGAUUUUGAUGACAAUUCUUCUUUAAGUUGCUUAGAAGAGGAAAAAAUGUGUUUGAACUUACUUCAGGAAACUUGCAAUGCAAGAGAAGCAUGUCAUGGUGAUGACGUGAGUUCGCGUGAGAAUGAACUUCUCACUUUAUCUCCUGUUGCCAAACUUAUUAGGGGUUUAAAGAGUGCUGGAGUAUCAGAAGUGGUUUCUAGAGACUUGUCUCGAACACCAGAUUCUGCAAAGCCACUUACUUAUGACAACUAUGGGCUUUAUGGGAAAAAGGCACCACCGGAUCCAUUUAAGAAUGUCAUGUCUCCUAUAGAGGAAGAGACAAUUGAGGAGCAGAUGACUGUUUCACCAGCCAUGAAAGCAGGGAGCCAGCCCAUUGAACUUUUUGGAGCACCACAUGCUUCCAGCAGUUUGAUAUCCGAGACCCUGUUUUUUGGAAGUAUUUCUAGUAGCCCUGACAGUGAAAAGAUAAAUCCAGGUUGUCGAAGCAGUAAUAGCUAUGGAUCUCCAAAUUCUAUAGUGAUACAUGAUGAGGAAGAUCUUAGGGCUAAAGUAGAGGAGGUUUCUGAUCUUGAUGCAGCAAAGUAUGACUCAUCAACUUCGCCUGAUAAACCUGCAGGUUAUAUUGUUUUGGAUUUUCAGGAGGAAGAUGAUAUCCAUGAUUGGAAUGGUCUGGCAAACAAAUUACCCAAUAAUUCAGCUUUAUGCCACCGGAAGGUUAACUCCACUGAUAUAUAUGUUUAUAACGAGAACAUACUGCCUUCACAAUUAGUAGAGCAGGCUGCAAAGAAACCAAGGCAUGUGCCUGAAGUUUUAGAGGUGUCCAGUUCUGGGACAGGGAAAGACCAAAUUGCUUCUUCAACAUCAAGUGAGGAAUUUGCAAGCUGUUUUGUCCAGGAUUCGGAGGAGGUCAACUCCGAGCUUUGUACUGAAGCUAUUAAUUUAAAACCAGCAACAGGAACAGGGAACAAGCCCGUUGUAAGGAAACCGAGGCAUUUGUUCCGCCAUCCACGAAGAGUCGGAACAUAGACCUUUCAUGAGACCUGCAUGUACAGCGUUUUUGUUUGAAAUGGAUUUCAAAGGAAAUAGGUACCAGUGUAGAUAAACCUAGAGCCUCAACAAUUAACAUGCCUUGUUCCCCUUUAUCCACCUUUUAUGUCCAGAACUAUCUAUGCAGAGGUAAUAUGUGUAUAUACAGACGCUAUGGUUGAAAAUCAGGUAUUUUUGUUUUCUUUUGACUUUCGAAAGUGCUGCUUAUAUUGGAAGCUUUACAUGGUGUUGGUCUAAGCUCCUAAAAUUGUAGAUGACGCACAAAGGAUGAAGAUAUUUCUUGCCACUUAUUGUAGUUAGUUGUGUCAAACUUACUGCAAGCUUUCUUUGCGGUAAGCUUGAAUAUGACAAAUAUCAGAUUUUUGAUUUAAACAGUAUGGAUUUCAGGUUAUUUUUAUUCAA